GGCGCUCGUCGUGUUGAAGUGGCCCAAUGAUAAGAAUGGAGUCCACUACUCGCGCUGUGAUUGGACCGCGGCUCUACUCCCGUCCGAUAAACGGUGUGGCACAGGGUUGUGUAAAUUAAACCAAAGACUCUGGGAUUGUCGGUCUCGUUGUAAAUCAAGAGCUUGUUUGAUAAAGAUGGAGAUCAGACCUCUGUUGAUGUGCUUUGCGUUGUGUGUGGUCUACGCCACCAGCAAACCCACGGAGAAGAAGGACCGCGUGCAUCACGACGCACAGCUAAGCAGCAAGGAACACGACGAUGGGGCCAACUUUGACUAUGACCACGAUGCCUUUCUGGGGGAAGAGGAAGCCAAGACAUUUGACGACCUGACCCCAGAGGAAAGCAAAAACCGGCUCGGGAAAAUAGUGGAAAAGAUCGAUGCAGAUGAGGAUGGAUUUGUCACAGAGGCCGAAUUGAAAACAUGGAUCAAAAAGGCGCAGAAGAAAUACAUUUACGACAAUGUGGAAAGACAGUGGAAGGACUUUGACAUUAACAACGAUGGAAUGAUCUCCUGGGAUGAAUAUAAAAAUGUCACAUAUGGGACAUAUCUUGAUGACCCAGAGCCUGAUGAUGGUUACAACUAUAAGCAGAUGAUGGCCAGAGAUGAACGACGCUUUAAAAUGGCAGAUGGAAAUGGAGACCAAAUUGCAGACAAAGAGGAGUUCACAUCCUUCCUCCAUCCUGAGGAGUACGAACAUAUGAAGGAAAUAGUUGUGUUGGAAACUAUGGAGGAUAUUGAUAAGAAUGGUGAUGGUUUUAUUGACCUAGAGGAGUAUAUUGGUGAUAUGUACAACCAUGAAGAUGAAAUGGAUGAGCCAGAAUGGAUUGCGACGGAGCGCGAGCAGUUUUCAGAGUUUAGAGAUAAGAACAAGGAUGGGAAGAUGGAUAAAGAGGAGACCAUGGACUGGAUCCUACCAGCUGACUACGACCACGCAGAAGCUGAAGCUAAACAUCUGGUGUACGAGUCUGAUACCAACAAGGACGGCAAACUUACCAAAGAAGAGAUAGUCAACAAGUACGACUUGUUUGUGGGAAGCCAAGCUACUGACUUUGGGGAGGCAUUAGUUCGACAUGAUGAGUUUUAAUUCAGUUGUCUAGUAUAAUAGAUAAUGACUUUUUAAUUUUAUUUGGUAAAGAAUAUAAUUAAUUUUGUAUUGCUUCAUCAUAACACUAAACUAUCAGAUUUAGUUUACUUGGUGAUGGAUUGUUUUGCACACGGAAAUACAUUCAUGUUUGUUUUACUGUAAAAUAUGCUUUAUCAAUGUUUGUUUGAAUUCAUGGUCCACGUCUAGCAUUAUUAUCAUGUCAAGAAGUUUUUACUAUUUUGGAAUUUGAUAAUACAUGAAGUAUUUCUGUGUGAGGUCCUUGUGUCUAUUUUAGUGUUGUACUCAAGGUCUAGUCAAGACAAGAGAUCGAGUGUCGAGUUCGAGUCAAGACCAGUCCAGGUAAAGCUGAAUGUGAACUUUGACUAAGACUAGAUCUCUGGUCUUGGCUUAGACUCGAGUAAGACUCUACUAUAAAUACUGAUCUAUUGCAUUUAAGGAUGAAUAACGAUUAAUCGAGAUUAAUCUAUAUCGCAAAAGUUUUUGUUUACGUCAUAUAUGUGUGUGAACUGUGUAUAAUAUUAAUAAUAAUUAUUUAUAUGCAAAUAUGCACACAUGCAUGUGUAUAUAUUAAUCUAUACAAAGUUAUUAUUUAGUUUACACACAUACAAUGUUAACAAAAACUUUUAUUCUGCUAUAGAUUAAUCGCGAUUAAUCGUUAUGCAUCCCUAGUUGAAUUUCACCUGAUAGCUUACACUGUCAAAAAUAAAGGUACAAAAGCUGUCACUGGGAUAGUAUUUCUACCAUUUAGGUACAAAUAUGUGCCUUUUAGGACCAAUAUGUGUCUUUGAAGUACUAAUAUGCACUCUGGUUACAAUGGUGUACCUUUUUGAUAGGGUACUGUUCCAGUGACAGCUUUUGUACCUUUAUUUCUGAGCGUGUACGUACUGGGCACGGGAAAGAGGGGAUUUACAUUACAUAAAUUUCCGUCCUGUAUGCACAGAUUUUAUAGCCCUAGUUCAUAUAUUCUCCUCUUUGCUAUCUCAAGGCAAUAUUCAUUUGUGUCCAGCUGUUUUCCAUUGAUAUGUUUAGAGACAAAAAAAACUUGUCCUAGUCAGGCAAACACCUUCCUUGAUUCCUACGGUAGUGUAGAGAGACUACAUAAGUCCAUUCACGUGAGAUAUCUCAUGUUGUAGAAGUACAAAACACUGAUUGUUUUAUAUAGGAACACCUCUGUGCAAUUCACUGAAUUUUGUUGGGCUGAUAUUUUUAUUUAAUAUCAGUGGGGGUUACGGACUAAAACCUCAAACUUGUAUUGUCCCCUACCGUUAUAUGGUCCAAUCCUGAAUACGUGUAUGCUUGAUUUUGUUUAGGGUCUGUUUGCCCACUCACAGUAUUUUUUUUUAUUUCCUGACAAUGUUACAAACACGGCAUCUUCCAUUUUUACUUUGUUUUGAGUACCCAGUGGUUUGAAGUGACUUUGUACAGUUUGUAAAUGAUGCUGCUUGUGAUACUAAAGCAUUAUGGAUUCUUCCAAAGCAAGCUGGGGUGCAAUGUUGCUUUUGAAGCAUCUACAGAUUGUAUGUUCAAACAAAUUGACAAUAAACUGUAAUUAAGAAAAUU